AUGGGAAGACUUACUCUUCAUUUAUUAUAAACCAUUUUCAUAAUUGCUAAAAAAAACCCCUUUGUUUAAUUAAAUAAACUUAAUCAGUGAUUUAGCUCUUUUUAUUUUAUAGUCGCGACCAUACUCCUUUCAAGUGCUAAAACAGUCAUGCACAAGGUAUUUCCUAUACCUCAAGAAUUCGAAGAAGGAGAAGAUAUUCUAUAUAUCGACCCGUGCCUUUUCGAAAUAGCUCACAACCAAAAUUUUGCACCAAUCGACAUUACCCCAAUCCUUACUAUUUACAAGAUAAUUAAGAUGGCGGUGGUGAUAAAUAUGUCCUUGCCAUGACGCAACACUUUGGCUUUAUCGCCUAAGCCAAGGUUCAGGCAAUUUGAUUUUAAACCUAGACUUGUUGGAUAACGGACGUUGGGAUGGGAGAUUUUGGGAGUAAGCUGGUGGCCAUUACAGUCCAGUAUAAGCUGUUCGAAUUGUUUUUGGACCAAGGAUUCUUUCUCUGCUGGUUACAGAGGACCUUUAUUCUUUUUCCCUGUAUCACCUCUCCCGAAGAUGACCGACAGGAGGUAUCGAGCUAACAUUAACUCCAUAGAACACGGCGGCGUACAGACAGGGCGCCUUCCUAACCCGUCGAAACUCUUGGGAUCAUAAUAAAAGCCCUGAUACUAGAAAAAAAUCAUUGUUCCAAAUAGCAGCUGAAUUACCGCCCUGCAAGCAUAGCGUUGGUCGAAAGCGUGCGGAGGUAUCAAAUGUGGAAGGUGUUAAGAUUCUUUAAUUUUAAUUUUUACUAUUUAUAAAUCUCGAAUUUUUGGCGAAAAACUCAACCAAUGCCCAUCACCUAGCAAUAACUCCUUAUCCCCGAAGCAUAUUCUCAACAUCCAUAUUUCCUCACCAAUAUCCGAAUACUUCCCAUCAAAAAUAGAGUCCACUGAUGAAAGUUACUCUUUAGAAAUCACCCAGGACUCAACCACUAUUAAAGCUAGUCAGUACUCUGGCCUGGUUCACGCUCUAGAAACAUUUUCAAGACUUAUUGAGCCAUCUAAGAAAAUAAAGAAUCAUUACGAAAUUGAAAAUAUUCCCAUUACUUUGCAAGACUCCCCAAGGUUCGCUUAUCGAGGAAUCAUGAUUGACACCUCGAGACACUUUUUACAAGUAAGCACUUUAAUGAGAGUCAUCGAUGGGAUGGUCAUGGCCAAAAUGAGUGUCCUGCAUUGGCAUAUUGUAGAUGACGACUCAUUUCCAAUGCAAUCCCUCUCUUAUCCGACUCUGACGAACUAUGCAGCUUUUUCUUCCUCACAAAUUUAUAACUCAACCCAGAUCCAGAAUCUCGUAAAAUAUGCCAAUAUUCGGGCCAUAAGGAUUAUUCCUGAAUUCGACAAUCCAGGCCAUGUCCGUGCUAUAGGCUUAAGUCCUACAUUUUUGCCUUUGGUGACUUGCUUUAAUAAGCAGUGGGAGUAUCAAAUGCCAAACGGCCCUUUGAUUUAUGGAGGACCUCCUACAGGUGCUUUGGAUCCUUCUAAUUCUCAGACUUAUACCUUUAUCCAAGGGAUUUUCCAAGAUUUAAACGCAUAUUUCCCUGACUCUUAUGUCCACCUUGGUGGCGAUGAAGUCCUUUUCUACUGCUGGAGCUCAGUACCUGCAAUAGUCAAUUUUAUGAAAAACAAUAACAUACCGAGCUAUAGUGCGCUAACUAAUUAUUACAUAAACAGAGCUAGAGGAGUUUUAACUGCAGUAAAUAGUACCAAAACUGCAAUUUAUUGGCUCAAUGAAGCCACUUUCUAUUUGCAAGUGAAGCCUACAGACAUUUUGGAAUUCUGGGGUUUUACAUCAAAUCUCACACAAUUGGCGACACUUUACCCAAAUAAUAAAAUUAUUGUAGCGACUGGGGAUAGAUACUAUUUGGAUUGUGGAAUGGGCAAUAAGUAUGGAGGUGAGUCGUGGUGUGACCCAUUUCAUACAUGGUGGGAAAUUUAUAUAUUGGAGCCAACAGACUAUUUAAGCGCAGACCAAAUUUUGGGAGGAGAAGUCACUAUGUUUGCAGAGCUUGUUAAUGACUUUGUGCUUGAUUGGAAAAUCUGGCCUCGAGCUGCAGCUAUGGCACAGCGAUAUUGGAACCAAAAUUUGCCUUUAAAUUUAACAGGGCUAGUAUCAAGUUUGAACGCUCUGGUAAAUACAAUGAAUUCUCAAGGUAUUGGAGCAGGGCCAAUUGAUAGUAAUUUUUGCAAUUUGAAUACCAAUCUCUGCUUUGGGUCUCCAUAA